CAAGUUCUCUCUCUCGCGUUUGAUGCACUCUGCUUCUCUUUAAAUACGCAAAGCCCCGCACAAUUAGGCAACAAUUGUUGCGGUUCAUUGCUUUAUUGUUUUUAUUAGCUUAAGUAGAGCUUAUACUAAACUCAGUGUAGUCAGUAGUAUGUCAUUUAUUCUUUUGUCUGUCGUCUAGUGAUUUUCAUGUGAUUUCGUGUGUUUUUGUUUUUGUUUGUGAACUAUGUCAAAGGAUAAUUUUUUAAUGCAAUGGCUGCAACAAUCUUAUUCCAGUGAUGGCUCUCAUGUGGCUGAACCUAUACCCAAAAAUAUAUUGGAGGAUAAAUCCAUAUUUCCAGACUUCAAAUCGGGCCCCCUUAAGGCCUAUCGCGAGAAAAGUUCAUUCUGUCACAAACGCAUGAAUGUCUUGUUGGAAGGUGAAGAUCAUAUACGGCUAAAGCACCGCAUCUGGAAUUUUAUGGAAAAACAUGCCGAUUUCCAACGUGAACCUGAAACACCUUCGCUGGAACGUCAACGUCAAUUGGCCAAUAAGCGCCAGCAUAUUUUGUAUCACCAAAACUUUUAUGGUCUGGCCGAAUACAUUUCAAACCCCCGUCUGUCUUUGGCUGCCGCCCAGGCUAUGUUCAGUUAUGAAUUCAGUUUUUCGGUGAAAUACUCUCUCUCCAAUGGCAUGUUCCCAAGCACAAUCUUGACUUUGGGCACAGAGCGUUUGGGUCAUUACGCCAGCAAAAUACAAAAUGGUGAAAUUGUGGGCGCUUUUGCUUUGACGGAAUUUUCUCACGGUACCAAUGCACGGGGAAUGCGUACCAGAGCCACCUAUGACAAUAAGACCAAAGAGUUUAUUAUACAUACACCUGAUUUUGAGGCUGCCAAAUGUUGGGUGGGAAAUCUGGGCAAAACUUGUACACAUGCAGUGGUCUAUGCCCAACUGUAUGUGCCAGAUGAUACCUAUGUGGGUUUGUGUGCUUUCUUGGUGCCCAUACGCGAUGAAAGAACUUUGCUAGCCUUCCCCGGAGUCACAGUGGGUGAUUUGGGUGAGAAGAUUGGUUUGAAUGGCAUCGAUAAUGGUUUUGUCAUGUUCAACAAUUAUCGCAUUCCCAAGGAUAAUUUGCUUUCGAAAACUGGAGACAUUGAUGAACAAGGCAACUAUAGCAGUCCCAUUAAAGAUGAUCGCAAGCGUUUAGGUGCUUCUUUGGGUGCUCUCUCAGCUGGGCGCGUUAACAUUUGCAACUUGGCUACUGUGGCUUUUACCAAAGCCAUUACAAUUGCCACCAGAUAUUCGGCGGCCCGCAGACAAUUUGGUCCUGAGGAUACCAAUGAAGAAUGGGCUGUCAUUGAAUAUCAGUCUCAACAAUAUCGUCUUAUACCUCAUUUGGCCACAGCCUAUGCCAUGAAAAUCUUUAGUUUGUGGUUGGGCAUUGAAAAUGUUGAUAUGACCACCCGCUCUUUCAUGGGAGAGGAUACCUCAAAGGUUGGCAUGGAAAUUCAUGCUGUCUCCUCGGCUGCAAAACCCAUUUGCACUUGGGCUGCUCGUGAUGGCAUACAAGAGUGCCGUGAAGCUUGUGGUGGUCAUGGCUAUUUGAAGUCUAGCGGUUUGGGUGAUUUGCGCAACGACAACGAUGCCAACUGCACUUAUGAGGGCGAGAACAAUACCUUAAUUCAACAGGCCUCCAAUUGGUUGGUAGGCUUAAGGCGUGGCAAUGCUAAUUUCGAGGAUGUAUCACCUUUGAAAACAGUUGCCUUUCUUAAGGAUAUGGAUCAGAUAUUAAAACAAAAGGCUGAGGAGAAAAAUGCCAAGGAGGUGUCUUGUCCUCAUAAUAUCUUGAAAGCUCUCAAUUGGUUGGUGGCCUAUCAAUUGGAAGAGACUGUCCAACGUGUGGAGGCCUUGAAGCGCCAAGGUUUGGAUGGCUUCGAGACCCGCAACAACAUGCAAGUCUUUAACGCCCAAACCCUGUCCAUUGUCUUUGCUCAACGCACAAUUUAUGCCAUCUUCCAUAAAUUUGUUAUGGACCAACCUCAAAGCAAUGAGAAGAAUGUUUUGCUUAAAAUUUUAGCCAUGUACGGUUGCAGUUUAAUUAUCAAACAUGGUGCCAUUUUCUAUCAAGGAGGUUAUUUCCGUCAAAAUGGUCAACUAAAAUUGUAUCAUCAGGUAGUUUUGGAUUUGUUGCCCGUUUUAAAGGACGAGGCAAUUUCAUUGGUUGAUGCCAUUGCCCCAACUGAUUUCAUUUUGAAUUCUCCUCUCGGCAUGAGCGAUGGCAAUAUUUAUCUGCAUAUACAACGUUCCGUUAUGUCUGCUCCUGGUGUGUUUGAACGUCCAGAAUGGUGGCGUGAGGUCACCUACAAAGACUACAUUCCAAAGGCCAAUUUGUAAGCAAACGAGUAUGACUGACUGGCUCUCUAGAAAAAAUAGAACAGAAUUUGCUUUAUCAGAAAAUUUUCAAAGGAAAAUUUUUAUAUUUAAGUUAAAAUAAGUUUUAAAAUAUUUGUGAUUUUUCCAAUAUUUCAACAAAGGUGGUGUUGUGCAUUCAAUAUAGAAGAUUUUUUGUUUUGUAACAAUA